UCUAGCUUCUAACAGUUCAGUCAAAAACACAAAAGACCCUUUCUCUAUUAGGCUACCAAAAAAAAAACAAGAAAAAGAGAUGGAGUCUAUUGGAUCUUUGGCAGAGGGAGAGUGGAGUUCUCUUGGUGGAAUGUACACUAGUGAGGAGGCUGAUUUCAUGGCACAGUUGCUUGGUAAUUGUCCUUCUAAACAGUUUGAUUCAAGUUCAAACUUUGGAGUUCCAUCUAGUUUCUGGCCUAACCACGAACCAACAACGGACAUGGAAGGGGCUAAUGAAUGUUCAUUUUAUUCUUUGGAUUUUGCUAAUAUUAAUUUGCACCAUUUUUCACAAGGGAGUAGUAGUUAUAGUGGUGGUAGUGGCAUUCUUUUUCCCAACACAAGCCAAGAUAGCUACUACAUGAGUGAUUCUCAUCCAAUUUUGGCUAACAAUAAUAGCUCAAUGUCAAUGGAUUUUUGCAUGGGAGACUCAUAUCUCGUUGAAGGCGAUGACUGCUCAAACCAAGAAGUGAGCAAUAGCAAUGAGGAGCCUGGUGGAAACCAGACUGUAGCUGCUCUUCCUGAAAACGAUAUUCGGGCCAAGAGAGAACCAGAGAUGCCAGCUUCUGAACUACCCCUGGAAGACAAAAGCAGCAACCCACCUCAGAUUUCUAAGAAAAGAUCACGAAAUUCAGGAGAUGCUCAAAAGAACAAGAGGAAUGCAAGUUCAAAGAAGAGCCAGAAGGUUGCCUCGACUAGCAACAAUGAUGAAGGAAGUAAUGCUGGCCUUAAUGGGCAUGCCUCAAGCGGUUGCUGCUCAGAGGAUGAAUCCAAUGCCUCUCAUGAGCUCAAUAGAGGAGCGAGUUCAAGUUUGAGCUCGAAAGGGACUGCAACUCUCAACUCAAGUGGCAAAACAAGAGCCAGCAGGGGGGCAGCCACUGAUCCCCAGAGUCUCUAUGCAAGGAAAAGAAGAGAAAGAAUAAAUGAGAGGCUGAGAAUUCUACAAAACCUUGUCCCCAACGGAACGAAGGUUGACAUUAGCACAAUGCUUGAAGAAGCUGUCCAGUAUGUGAAGUUUUUGCAACUCCAAAUUAAGCUGCUAAGCUCUGAGGACUUGUGGAUGUAUGCGCCAAUCGCUUACAACGGGAUGGACAUCGGUCUUGAUCAUCUGAAAGUUACCGCACCAUGAAGAUAGAAGAAGUUAAGAGGAGGGUGGUGCUUUUGAUUAUAUCUGUUAAUAGAUGAGAUUAAAAUAAAGUCAUUGCCACUUUGUAAUGGUUUUAUUCUGUAUUGAGUAUAUAUAAGGUCCUCUUAUAAAAUUAAUUCACGAGGAGUGAUCGUCGUGAAAAAUUCUUUCAUGUAGACACCUUGACAUGAUGGACAUUAUUCGAGCAGAGUCUAUACUUGAAUAUAAAAGUUCGUUCAUAAGAAUAUACAUGAACUUGGUUAUCCAACA